AUGGGCCAGUAUUGGAAGCUCAUUGCGCCACGCCUGAGGGCCUGCAAGCCCUUGAGCGGCUACAAGCUCGGAGAAUUCUACUUCGACGCGUCAAAUUACGGACCGAAUGGCCUCGUAUAUCUUCUGGCCACUCCCAUCGCACAACAAAAAGCUUCGGAGGAUGGAGAACAUCGCAACGACGAAGCGACUGAGGGAAGUCAGACUGGACAGCAGCACACCGACAGCGCCAGCAUGCCGUCAGUGACAGUGCGAAGCUCGCCUCGUCUGAUGGGCCUGCCCACCGAGGUCCACCGUCGCAUCUUCGACGAGCUCAAAGAAGACAUCGACGCUACCAUCUGCCUAGGGGCUACUACUCGGUACUUCUGGUCCAUCGCCAAAGAACACCUUCACGUUUACUGCAAAGCUCGCUUUGGACGUUGGGCGGGAGAACCACUCGUCUGUGUCGGAGACUACGCAAAGCGCAGUGAUUAUCCGCCCGGCUUAUUCUCCGAUGAAGAGCUGGAGAUUAUGCGACAGAAAGGAUGCGAUGUCCCUGGCCAAGACGACUACGUGGAAUACAGCAACCCCAUCGACGACGAUGCUGAUUCUGUGGACGGCGAUGGCUAUGAUACGCCUAAUAAGUCGUGGGAAUUCCGGCUGCAGUCGUACGUUAAACCAUAUCUUGCGUGCAAGGCAGAUAUGAGUGGAACGAGCCUUCAAACCCACAUGAUCGGCAACUGCUACCGCAACAUCGGGAAGGCCGACAUCUCUACGUCGAGGAUCAUCGACUGGGACUUGUGGACCAUGGCAGACAUGGAGAAUUUCCUGCCGAAAAGCGAAGCGUACAUUCUGCGCAACCUGACAACGAAGCAGUUUGCCCGUGCCGAGGCCAUCGCCCUCGAGCCAGAGUACGUUCAUGGCCCCUUCAUUGACGGGCUGGGCUUCGGUCACGUCAUUCGCGCGCGCAUCUGCUGGUCCGCAGAUCCGUCGAGCAGCAUGCACGACGUUACCAACAUCACACGGGGGUUAUGGGCUGGCCAUCGAUUUGAUAUCGUCACGCUGGGAAUGCAUGACGAGGAGACGAGGGCAUCGUUGGGAGAUGCAUGGGAGGACGUGAGUGACGAGGUAGCGAAGGAGGUGCGAAGAAUUUUUGAGGCGGAUUUGGGACCCGAGUGGCGGAAAGAUGUCGAAAAGCAGUGGAAGAGCGAUUACUGA